UUUUGACACCUAUAAGAAAGGCUGCUGUAAUGUCAUGCUAAACCGCACAUACUGAUAUGAUUAUUACAUCUAUUUUAUUGCAUGUCUGAGUGGCUCAUCAUGGAAACAGACGCGUCUCUCCUCGGCGUUGAACUUGAGCAGAAACAGCAGGAAGAGCUGUAUCAACCGCUUUUGCUUCAGACCAUGGGAAAAAUGCAAAGCGAAAGUCCCCCCUCCAAAGUCAUCUGUCCACAACCAGGCAUGUGCGUGAAGACCUCCUCAAUGUCAGACAAAAAGAAGGUCUUUCUGAAUAUCUGUCAGUCACAGGCGGUACCGCCCCCUCCUCAUCUGUCCCAGCAAGCACUCGUGGAUCUCCUGGAGUCAGAAGACCCGACGAGUUACAGAGUGCCCAUGAGUCUCGGCGAGCCGCAUACAGAAGUGGACAACAGCUCACAAGGCUGUACUGUGUAUGAUGUCGUGAUCAACGAUGAGUUCUUCCAGAAAUGUGAGAAAAAUACCCUGUUCCAGCAGUUUCUUAUUGCCGUUUCUUUGGAGGGACUGGAAAACAAGUACAACCUUGAGUUGAGCAGAGAUAUUAAGAUUUUGAAGAACAGGAAAUUCAUGGGCUCUAUAGCAGAACAAAACAUUCGUACCAAGAGUAAGCCAAUUAUCCAGGAAAUUGACUCAAAGCAAUCUGACUCAUUUCCUUCAUCAACCAAACGUCCAGAGUUCAGUUUAUUAGUGGAGCCCCCAACUGGAAAUGCAGAGCAUCUGAUCGCUGAGAUUCUGCUACCUGGAGUGAUAUCUGCUCGCUCUCUUGUUCUGGAUUUGGGAGAGGACAGACUAGUGCUGAUUGCUCGCCCUUCUCUUUUCCAUUUGGAUAUUUUCUUUCCCCUGCUUAUUGACCAAGAAAACAGUGUUGCCCAGUUCAACACAAAAACACAGACGCUUACAGUGACCAUGCCAGUAGUGUCUUCAUAAAAACUGUUGCAAGGCUAUUAUUUCAUAAUAAACUUCUUCAUUUUGUAUACA